UUUACCCGGAGCCAUUUUACACUCGUACCAAUUCGCUAGCUAGCCUCUUCUAGCUAGCGGUCUGUUUAGGUGUUUGUGUGUGUUUGAUGUGGUGUGGAGGAAAGAGGAGAUGUGGUCAUUUUUUGCCAGGGAUCCUGUCAAAGACUUUGCCUAUGAAAUCCUGCCAGACUUUCAGGAGAAGUCUGGAAUAUGGAGUCUACACAGGGGGAAGAGAAAGACCAAUGGAGAGCCGGUGUCUGUGUUUCUGUACGAGGUAGCGCAGGGGACGGAGCAGCAGACCCAGCUCGCCAAGGCUGCCUUCAAGCGUAUGAAGACCCUGCGUCACCCAAACAUCCUGGCUUAUGUGGAUGGAUUGGAGACAGAGAAGAGCCUGUACCUGGUCACUGAGCAGGUGACCCCGCUGGCCGUCCACCUGAAGGCCCAGGCAGAGAAGGGGGGAUCAGGGGAGCUGGAGGUCUCCUGGGGCCUGCACCAGAUAGUGAAAGCUCUGAGUUUCCUGGUCAAUGACUGUCAUCUGCUUCAUAACAACGUGGGUGUAUCAGCUGUCUUUGUGGAUCGAGCUGGGGAGUGGAAGCUUGGGGCCCUCGACCAUGUGGCCCCUGAGCAGGGUGACCCAAGUGGGGUCUCCCUACCUACCCCCAAGGCUGUUUACCCAGACAUGGAGAGAUAUGACCCACCAGAGAUGGCCAAUAACACUGGAGAGAAAUGGGCGGGGGAGGUGUGGCGGCUGGGCUGCCUGAUCUGGGAGGUGUUCAACGGGCCGCUGCCUCGCACAUCCUCGCUCCGGUCCCUCGGAAAGAUCCCUAAGGCCCUGGUGCCGCACUACUGUGAGCUGGUGGGGGCCAACCCCCGAGCUCGGCCCAACCCAGCCCGCUUUCUCCAGAACUGUAAAGCCUCCGGGGGAUUCCUCAGCAACAGCUUUGUGGAGAGCAACCUUUUCCUGGAGGAGAUACAGAUCAAGGAGCAGGCUGAGAAGCAGCAGUUCUUCCAGGAUCUGAGUGAAAAUCUGGACUCCUUCCCCGAAGACUUCUGUAAACACAAGGUCCUGCCUCAGCUGCUCACCGCCUUCGAGUUUGGCAAUGCAGGCGCCGUAGUCCUCACACCGCUCUUCAAGGUGGGGAAGUUCCUGUCAGCAGAAGAGUACCAACAGAAGAUCAUCCCCGUCAUCGUGAAGAUGUUCUCCUCCACAGACAGAGCCAUGAGGAUACGACUGCUGCAGCAGAUGGAGCAGUUCAUUCAGUAUCUGAACGAGGCAGCAGUCAACUCCCAGAUCUUCCCUCACGUUGUCCACGGCUUCACAGACACCAACCCCGCCAUCAGAGAACAGACUGUUAAGUCUAUGUUGCUGCUGGCUCCCAAGCUGAAUGAGGCCAACCUGAACCAGGAGCUGAUGCGUCACUUUGCCCGGCUGCAGGCCCGAGAUGAACAGGGCCCGAUCCGGUGCAACACCACCGUCUGCCUGGGCAAGAUCGCCUCCUACCUCAACGCCGGGACUCGGCAACGUGUUCUGAUUUCCGCCUUCUCACGGGCCACCAAGGACCCGUUCCCCGCUUCACGCUCAGCCGGUGUGCUGGGCUUCGCAGCAACACACAACUUCUACAGCAUAACAGAGAGUGCGUCCCGCAUCCUCCCCACCCUCUGCACCAUCACUGUGGACCCCGAUAAGAGCGUCAGGGACCAGGCAUUUAAAGCCAUCAAGAGUUUCCUUACCAAGCUGGAGACGGUGUCAGAAGACCCCACCAAGCUGGCUGAAAUAGAAAAGGAUGUAGCGUCGUGUGCUCAGCCUGCAGGAGGCUCCGCCACCUGGGCCGGUUGGGCCGUGACGGGCAUGUCCUCCAUCACUUCUAAACUCAUCCGCAACGCUCCGGGGACGGAGGGGGGGGCAGCCGCUGAGGACGGAGAGCCCGCCAACGCCAUCAGCCCGACCAGUGCCCCUGAUGGAGCGCCUGCACCAGGUUCUGAAGGUAAACCUCCUGAAGCCUCUGUGUCUCCCCCUGCUGCCUCUAAUCAUGCCAACCAAUCACAGACUCAUGAGGUAAUGGACAAAAAGGAGGAGCCAAUAGGAGACCGCUGGGAUGAAGAGGAGGAUUGGGGAAGUUUGGAGGAUCCAGAGAAGGCUCACACAGAGCCGGAUGACUGGAACACUGACUGGUCAGGGACGUCAGCUCCAAAAAAGAAAGCCAGUGACAAAGGAGUGGGCCGGUCGUCGUCCUCCGUGGCGGUGAAGAAACAAAGCGCUGACUGGAGCAGCUCGGGCUGGGACGCAGACGACAGCUUGUCCAACGAGAAGGAAGGGCCGGGGCAGAGCUCUGCAGGGGAGGAGGGCUGGGGCAACGACUGGGGGGAGGAGGACACGGACACCACCUUGGCCAAUACCACGCUCCCCGAGGCCGAAGGAGUGCGGUUAGCCAGCGAGUACAACUGGGACAGCGGCAGCUCAGGCCCCGUGGGAGCCAAUCAGAAUGAUCUGUUCACCAGCGUGUCCCAGAGAAACACAGCCGGCACUCCCACGACUGGAGAGGGCUUGGCUGCAGAGGCCACAGGAGAAUGGGGAGCUGAGGAGAGCUGGGAGUCGGUGGAUGGGAACCAGGGUCUCAGCAAGGCCGAGCUGUCCAAGAAGAAACGGGAGGAGAGGAGGAAGGAGCUGGAGGUGAAACGGGCGGAGCGCAAAGCUGCUAAAGGUCCUCUCAAACUGGGCGCACGCAAGCUGGACUGACCGGGCAGGUUUGAGGGCGGGAUGGAGAGGAGGGAACAGGAACCAGAUUGACUGGAUGCCUGACAUUCCACAAACAAAGGAGCGGAGAGGAGUGCGAGCCGUCAGAGGAAUGCGAGCCGUCAGAGGACUGCGCUUUAGGAUUCUCUUUCUUCAUUCAGGAACUUACUGAUGAGUGAAGAAGCAACAUUCCAGCGCUUCGUAAAUGCUUUAUUGUGGAAGGCCCAGCUUAAAAACACAGAGACAGAAAAGUGUAAAAGCGGCACCGAGCAGCAGUCAUUCAUAAAAAGAUAAAUCAUAAAGUUGAAGUUGUAAAGUAAAUGUAUAUAAAUGUGCAUCUGGUCUUAUAAUGACUUGAGGAAAUGGCACUUUUUUUUUUAAUAACUGCGAAAUAUAUAUAUAACAGAAUCAAACCUGUAUUAUUAUGCUGAAUGUUUUUCAGUGUACACACACAUACAGUGUAUAUGAAUGUUUUAGUUCAGCUGUCACUAACUAACUCAGAUGUAAGGCUUAAAAUCAAUCCCUGCAUGCAUUUGUGUAUUUGUGUGGCCUAACAAAAUGUGUCAUGGCACAGAGUUACAAAUAUGUUCAUUUAACUUUGCACAUCCAGCACUGUAUUUAACUGAACUGUCCUGACGGGAGACACAUUUGACUGGUUAAGAUCUGUAAAUGUGUCACACACUGCAGACACAUGAUGCAAAUAACUAGGUAAAUCGAUGCUGGUGAAUUGGUUUGAAGUGAAAUCAAUGAACGUGUUUACAUGCCUUUUCCUAUGUGUCCUAGUAGUUCACUGGUGGAGGCUUUCUUAAAUAAGUUUUAUUUUGAAAUGUUUUGAAGGAAUCUGUAUAAUCCUGAAUUUAAGAUCUUCUAAAACAUGAAGGCAUCAUUUGAGGAAGUAAGAUUUACCUACCAAUCAUUGUUGACAGUAUUUGUUGUGGUAAUGGUAAAGGGGUUUCCUCAAAGUUCCCUUGUACUCUUUUAUUUGUGCCUUUUUUCUUUUUAAACCAGAUCUGCUCUGUAGGAUCACAUCCGAUUUGAAUAGAACAUUUCCACCUGAAAUGUCUUCCCAUCGACAGAUUCUGUGUUUUUAUCAAACCAUUCCCCCAUAUGUAAUCUCUGUGUUGGAAUUGGUAUGUGAAGGUUUCACUGCUAAGUACCAGACAUGAUGCCGAAAAGACACAAUCAUCAUUGGAGCUAAUGUGUAACGAAUGUGAUUAGUUCAGGAAGACUGAGAAGUGUGAAUGCAACAUUUACUGAGAAUCUUGUAGCAUGUGAGAUGUUCUUAAAAUAAAUAUGAGUACAAUGAA